UGCCGGCCCUUGCUGCUGGCCGGGGGUCCCGGGGGCCAUGUCCCCCCCCCCAGGCACCUCCCCGGCUCCUACGUCCCCGGAUCCCUGCUCGGCCCCGGAACCGAGCCAUCCCCAGACCCCACGGGGUGGGGGGGACAUGGGGCCAGGCCUCCCCCGAGCCGGGGUCCCCCCGUCCGGGCCGGGCCCUGACGGUGCCGCUGCCGCGCAGAUGCCCGCGAGCCUCUCCACGGCGCUGCGCGUGGUGGGGACCAGCCUCUUCGCCCUGGCGGUGCUGGGGGGCAUCCUGGCCGCCUACGUCACCGGCUACCAGUUCAUCCACACGGAGCGGCACUACCUCUCCUUCGGGCUGUACGGCGCCAUCCUGGGGCUGCACCUCUUCAUCCAGAGCCUCUUCGCCUUCCUGGAGCACCGGCGCAUGCGGGGCGGGGGGCGGCCGGGGCGCCCGGGGCGCUCCGUGGCCCUCUGCAUCGCCGCCUUCCAGGAGGACCCCGACUACCUGAAGAAGUGCCUGCGCUCCGCCCAGCGCAUCGCCUUCCCCGGCCUCAAGGUGGUCCUGGUGGUGGACGGCAACGGCCCCGACGACGCCUACAUGCGGGACAUCUUCCACGAGGUCCUGGGCUCCGAGCGGGCCGGCAGCUACGUCUGGCGCAGCAACUUCCACGCGCGGGGCGAGGGGGAGACGGAGGCCGGGCUGCGGGAGGGGCUGGCCCGGGUGCAGGCGCUGGUGCGCGGCACCACCUACUCCUGCAUCCUGCAGAAGUGGGGCGGCAAGCGCGAGGUGAUGUACACGGCCUUCCGGGCGCUCGGCGACUCCGUUGACUACAUCCAGGUGUGUGACUCAGACACGGUGCUGGACCCCGCCUGCACCGCCGAGAUGCUCCGCAUCCUGGAGGCCGACCCCCGCGUCGGCGGCGUCGGCGGCGACGUGCAGAUCCUCAACAAGUACGACUCGUGGAUCUCCUUCCUGAGCAGCGUGCGCUACUGGAUGGCCUUCAACGUGGAGCGCGCCUGCCAGUCCUACUUCGGCUGCGUGCAGUGCAUCAGCGGCCCCCUGGGCAUGUACCGCAACGCCCUGCUGCAGCACUUCCUCGAGGACUGGUACCACCAGACCUUCCUGGGCAGCAAGUGCAGCUUCGGGGACGACCGGCACCUGACGAACCGCGUGCUCAGCCUGGGCUACCAGACCAAGUACACGGCCCGCUCCAAGUGCCUGACGGAGACGCCCACCCGCUACCUGCGCUGGCUCAACCAGCAGACCCGCUGGAGCAAGUCCUACUUCCGCGAGUGGCUCUACAACGCCCUGUGGUUCCACAAGCACCACCUCUGGAUGACCUACGAGUCCGUGGUGACCGGCUUCUUCCCCUUCUUCCUCAUCGCCACCGUCAUCCAGCUCUUCUACCGCGGGCGCAUCUGGAACAUCCUCCUCUUCCUCCUGACGGUGCAGCUGGUGGGCAUCAUCAAGGCCACCUACGCCUGCUUCCUCCGGGGCAACGCCGAGAUGAUCUUCAUGUCCCUCUACGCCCUGCUCUACAUGUCCAGCCUGCUGCCCGCCAAGAUGUUCGCCAUCGCCACCAUCAACAAGUCGGGCUGGGGCACGUCGGGGCGCCGGACCAUCGUGGUCAACUUCGUGGGGCUGCUGCCGGUGUCGGUGUGGGUGGCGGUGCUGCUGGGCGGGCUGGCCUACACCGCCUACAGCCAGGACCUCUUCAGCGAGACCGAGGUGGCCUUCCUCGUGGCGGGCGCCGUCCUCUACGCCUGCUACUGGGUGGCCCUGCUCAUGCUCUACCUGGCCAUCGUGGCCCGGCGCUGCGGCAAGCGGCAGGAGCAAUGCGGGCUGGCCUUCGCUGAGGUGUGAGCGCGGGAGCGCCGGGGCACGGUGCGGGGACGGGGC